AUGCAACAAUACUUCAUUCAAAAGGAUCCGAAACAUCGGCCUUACGAUGGUACUUUGAUACGUCCAUCAGUUAAUCCAUAUAUGCGUAAUGAGAUACGACCAAAUGUACGAAUUGCUGGUCUUCUUUUCGAGAAUGAUAUUGCCUUAAUUUUGUCACAAAUGAAAUUGUUAACAUCAAUGAAGCAAUAUCGUAAAAAACGAAAAAUAAUCGCUGAUCCAAGUUAUCACUGGAAAAGUUCAUUAAUUGCAUAUCGUUUCGGUGAUAGCGAUACAAACUGGCAAGAUUACAUUCGUAAAACACUUCAUUAUUGGGAGCAAGAAACAUGCUUACGUUUUGUGGAAAAUAAACCUGAUGAUGAUUAUUUAAUUUUUAUCAUUGGAAGCGGCUGUUAUUCCAAUGUUGGAAGAUUAGGCGGCAGUCAAACAAUAUCCAUUGGUUAUGGUUGUGAAACUCUUGGAAUUAUUUCACAUGAACUUGGGCAUGCGCUAGGAUUUUGGCAUGAGCAAGAGAGGUCAGACCGUGAUAACUAUGUUCGUAUCAAUUUACAAAAUGUUAUCAGUGGAAGUGAGGGAAAUUUUGAAAAGCGUAAUGUAACACAAAUUAUCGAUUUAGGCGUUCCGUAUGAUCUUGGAUCAGUGAUGCAUUAUUCCACUAAUACAUUUGCAAAGAAAUUUAUUGAUUUUACGGUUGAUCCAAUCGAUACAAAAUAUCGUUCAACAGUUGGCAAUCGUGUUGCACCAGCAUUUACUGAUUUUAAACAAAUUAAUUUACUUUAUUGUUUUGAUAGAUGCCAAAUGACAAAUUUAAAAUGUCAUCAUGGUGGCUAUCCGGAUCCAAAUAAUUGCAGUAUAUGCAAAUGUCCAGAAGGUCUUGGUGGUCAUCAAUGCUCUGAUUUACAAAAAUCUUCAUGUGGUUAUGAACAAUUGGUAAGUGACGAAUGGCAAACAUUAGAAUAUAAUGGUUCAUCGAACUGCUAUUGGAGAAUUUACUCGCCAAAUGGUCGUAUUCGUUUUGAGCUGACAGAAGCACAUUACAAAUGUGAUCCUGUUUGCGAGGAAUAUGUUGAAGUGAAACAUAAAAUAGAUUUGCAAAUUUCUGGGUUUCGUUCCUGUUGUAUACCGGUUACAGGUGAAUUUAUUUCCGAAGGUGAAAUGCUAAUUGUCAUUUCACAUGCUUCCAGAACAUCACAUUUCCUUCUGCGAUUUAUUAAUGCUCAGUCAACAAUAUCAUCAAAAUUAUUGACAGCGUCACAAACAAUCACAUAUCAAACGAAAAGUGAUUUCAAUCAACAAUGUCAAUGUGCUAUGAAACGAAUUACAUUUAUCAUUUGUGAAUAUCGACAAUUUCAUAACUGCAAAUAUAUUAUAAAAAAUGUUAGCUGUAAUCAAUUUCCAUUAAAUUCAACUGAAAUAAUGCUUCAUAAAUAUAAAAUUAUUCGUAAAAUUCUUUAA